UCAAGUCGAGAGGUAGAGUAGUUAGUCUGUAAAUCAGCUAAAUAUGAUGUAAAAAAUAUGUGUAAACUAUUUCUAUGAACAAAAUUAUAAAUAAACAAAAAUAUACAGCCGACUAUGUAACCGAGGUGUACUGUCGGUACAGACUGCUUGCUGUUUGCUGUAUUCAUGUGGGAAUAGCUGGUUAGCAGAGUAGCAGGCUAAGCUAGCAGAGCUGUCAGUAUGUGGAGGAGCCCGGUGCGGUCCGUGUUGUGGAGGGAUGACGUCCUCCGUGGGGCAGUUAGAGCAGCUCAAACACUGAACACUGACACUCUGACACCCGUUGGAUCCUGUAGUGCUCCAGGGAAGAAAUGGGUGAGACCUAGCGGGUUUGACACCGGCCUGAAGGCGUUCAACAGCCUGACGAAACAGAAAGAGCCUCUCAUUCUGGCAAGGGAAGGAAUAGCUACUUGGUACAGCUGCGGACCCACCGUGUACGACCAUGCCCACCUGGGUCAUGCAUGCUCAUACGUUAGGUUCGAUAUCCUGCAGAGGAUUUUGUCCCGGGUCUUUGGGAUCACUGUCAUCCAUGCUAUGGUCAUCACUGACAUCGAUGACAAAAUCAUCAAGAGGAGCUGGGAGGAAAAUGUUUCUGCAUCUGUGGUGGCCAGACUCUAUGAAGAUGAAUUCAAGAAGGACAUGCUGUCAUUAAAGGUGCUUCCCCCUUCAGUGUAUUUACGAGUCACUGAGAACGUGCAGCACAUUAUCGCCUUUAUCGAGCGAAUAAUCCAGAAUGGACACGCUUAUGCCACAAAGGAAGGUGAUGUGUAUUUUGACAUUCAGUCCAUCGGAGACCGUUACGGCAAAUUUGUAGGAGCUGUGGAUUCCCACAGUGAACCUGGCUCCAAUAAGAGAGACUCCAGGGACUUCGCUCUGUGGAAACCCUCCAAACCUCAGGAACCGUGGUGGGAGUCUCCGUGGGGCCGAGGCCGACCCGGCUGGCACAUCGAAUGCUCCACCGUAGCCAGUUCUGUGUUUGGGAGUCAGCUGGACAUCCACUCUGGAGGCAUUGACUUGGCGUUUCCACACCAUGAGAAUGAGGUGGCUCAGAGUGAAGCCUACCACCAGUGUGGACAGUGGGGAAACUACUUCCUUCACUCAGGUCACUUGCACCUUAAAGGCAGCACAGAAAAAAUGUCCAAAUCCCUGAAGAACUACAUCACCAUCAAAGAUUUCAUGCAAUCGUACUCAGCCGAUGAAUUCCGGAUGUUUUGUCUUCUAUCAAAAUACAGAUCAGCAAUAGACUACAGUGAAGGCAGCAUGUCAGAGGCCAGGGCUUCUCUGGGAACCAUCUCCACCUUCCUUCACGACGCUCAGGCCUACAUGAAGGGUCAGCUGCAGUGUUUACCUGUACAGGAUGCAAAUCUCUGGGAAAGACUGGCCGAGACUAAAUGCUUCAUUCAGGCGGCGCUGGCAGAUGACUUCGACACUCCCAGAGCCAUGAACGCACUAAUGAAUCUGGUGUAUCAUGGAAACUGCCAACUGCAGCCCGUAACCAAGUCUGAUGGAACGCCACGAAGCCCUGCAGUGUUCGGAGCAAUGUCCAGCUACAUCACCGACGUCCUGGACAUAUUUGGGAUCAGUAAGCUGCAAAGCACGGAGGCUGAUGUGGCGAGCUCUUCAGGGAGUCUGGAGGCGAUCGUGGAUCAGCUGACUCGAUUCAGAAGUGACGUCCGGGCGUUCGCUCUGGCCCGUCAACAGGACGAUCCAUCCACCGGAGCCCCCGUUAAACGUGGACCGUACCCUGACAGGAUGCCACUGCUUAAAGCCUGCGACGCCCUCAGAAACGACCUGGCACCGAUGGGUGUUUUAAUUAAAGAUCGAGGAGCCAACUCCACGUGGGAGAUAACACAGAGACAGACUCAGAGGGACCAGAAAGACCAGGACAAGUCCAGCUGAAUCCUGUGGACUCUGUGGACUUCAUCCUAAACUCAGACCAAGCUGUGAUUUCUGUGAGUUCACGUCCACUCAUGAACUCUUAUCCCCAUCCUGUUCAAUGACCCUCGUGGUAAGCCAUCAAAUACUGACUAAUUUAAGACAGAAACAGACUUUUAAUUGCCUUUUGUUGUACAUUAUAUUGAUGAAAAUGUGCUGAAAAUCUAUUUUUGUUUGAUAAACAAUGAGUUAAAGACAAAUAGUUCCACCUUGUGUGUUUUUUGAAGACUCUGGGUUUUUCCACUCAGUCUUAAUAUUUAACCCUCACCAGUGUGAUGUGGAGGAACUACGUUUUACCGACUUUCUACAUAUCAGGAACUUGGUAAAAUAUGUCAAAUGCAAAUUUUAAACAGAAAUGAAAUAACCAUGUGAUGUGUGUGUCCAAAAGCAGCGUCCAGGAAAGGUCUGGUCUGAGGAAGUUUGGUAACAAAUGCAUGAGAAAAUGACAAUAAUGUGCAGAAAUCUAGCUCACCAGUAGGUCUGUUAGUUUAGUAAACUUCUUAUGUCCACACAUAUGCAUUUAUCAGUCUGUAUUUACAUCCAAUCUGAUUAUAUUUGAAAUAAAUGAAACAGGAAAAACUAUAGUUUCAGGUUGAAAACAGCUUCCUUUGCACCUUCCAGGUCUUUAGCCAUUUAGUUCAGACAAUAUCAGAUCUAUGGGAAAAAUUUACUGGUGUUUUAUACCAGGUUUCAUUCUACAUAUGUCAGAUGUUUGUAAUAGUUUGAGCUGCUUCUCAUCAUGGGGUCAGAAGUUACAAUAAAUAGUAAGUUUUACUGCAUUUUCUUGUAGUAUCUGAAGAUAUAAAUAAGUAUGCUCAUUUCAACCCUACAAAAACAAGGAUAAAGGUGGAAUAGAGAAGAAGGCCAGA